AAAUGAUAAAGUAUUGGGGAACAAAUGGGUCACAGCCAUGCCGAUCAGUGGUCUAUUGCUUAAGAAAAUUAGAAAUAGAGCAUGAAGCUAUUGAAGUAACCGUGCCUAAAGACACUAGAAGUGAAGAAUUCAGAAGAGAUGUUAAUCCUAGAGGAACCAUUCCUACACUUGAAGCAGAGGGAGUCAAAUGUGCAGAAAGUGCAGCUAUUGUUAGAUAUCUCUGAACUAAAUAUGAUGAAGAGGGGAUUCUUUAUCCUAAAGAAGAUGAUUUAAUCAAAAGAGCUCAAAUUGACGCUUGGAUCGAUAUUUGUAACACAGUUUACAGACCUGCUUUCAUGAACGCACAUAUAGGUAUCGAGCUUAACUCUAAAUACAAUGGCAAAGAACUUGCCUCUGAUGAGGAGCAAAAACACCUUGUGGAAGAUGUUUGCUCGAAGUUAGAAGAUUUUGACUCUAAUUUGGAAGACAAAAAGUAUCUUGUUGGAGAAACUAUGACAAUUGCAGAUGUAUACCUGUUUAAUGAAGUCAUAUCUGUAUUGGCUCUCCUUAAGCUUGAUCCUUCAGAGCAAUACAAAAACAUUGCUUCCUGGUGGGAACUGAUAUUGAAGGAUGAAAUCCUACAAGAGCUCACUGCCCAUCUUAGAACCGAUACUUCUGAAAAUGUGGAAGAUUAAUAUGAGAAUUAGCAGGGCUU